AUGUUCUUAAGAAUUGGUUUUGGUCUUUACAGAGCACCUUCUCGCACAGCAGUAAAGAGGGCUCACCCUCCAAGGAGGUUUCAACUGAGGACUCGCCCAAGAAGGACAAGAAGAAGAAGAAGGGCCUCCGGACCCCCUCCUUCCUCAAGAAGAAGAAAGAGAAGAAGAAGGAGAAGUCCAGCACGCCACAACCAGCUUAGAGAUAAAAUUGACAAUUCACACUGCCAUCUCGCUUUCAAAUUACUUGUAAUUUUAAGGUUGAAACCACAUUUGCAGUUGAUGAGUUCGCUUGGUCCCAAUUUUUUAUGUACCCCACCUGUUUGGCAGAAUGCCGGGAUCUUUUUGGGCAACGCUUGCGCACCCAUUGAGGACUGA